GAGGCACUCCAGCUUCUUUCUUUUUUUUUUUUUCCUCCUCCUUUUCUUCAUGGCGUCACCUCAACAGUCCAGGAUUCAGUCGUAUCUGGAGAAGAAUAAAAUCGGACCUCUGUUUGAGGAGUUGAUGACCAAACUGAUAACGGAGACUCCAGAUCAUCCCAUCCCUUUUCUCAUUGAUCACCUGCAGUCCAAGCAAGACAGCCAUGGAAAACUGCACAGAGCUUUCUCCGGUUCGGCAGCGCUGUGGGCACAGAGUUCACCGGAAAACAAAAACCCGCGCAGGGAGUACAGCAACUUGGAGAAGCCGUGGCAAAUUACCCCAAAGAAACCGAAGAAAUCCAAGAGCGACCUGGCUGUUUCAAGCAUCUCUCCUCCUUCACCAGAAUCGAAGUCCUUGCCGCGGUCAGUCGAGUACCCGUCCUGGGACUGGAGGGAAAGCCGCGACUUCGAUGAGCUCAGCCACAUCUUGCAGGAGAGCAAGAAGCUCGGCAAAGCCCUGGAGAGCCUGUCACGCAGCAUUGCCAUUUCUGAUGAGCUCGACCAGACCUUUAUGGGAUAUAACGCAGUCCUGCGCCCUCGAGUGGUGGGCGAGUGGGGCGGUCGUGAGGAAAACGAUGCAGACCCGCUGGCUGCUGAGAUGCUGCAGCCCCCGGUCCCUCGAGCCAAAACCGAAGUGUGCUGGAGCCGAGACAACAGCCCAGCUCGCAGCCUAAAGAUGGAGACGAGGAGCAAAGGACUGAAGGAGCAGCAGCAGCAUCACAAAAAGCUGCUGGCUGCCAUGCUGUCCCAGGACUCGUUUGAAUCGGUCAACAGCACCGUCCCCUCCGUCCUGGAGGAGGAGAUCGAGGAUGAGGAUGACGCCAUGGAGCUUCUGGAGGAUCUAGAUGACCUGCGGAUGGAGGGUGUGACGAGGCUGGCUCCAUCCGGCUGCAAGUUCAGCCAGGGACGCAGCGCCUAUCAGCCGGAACCACAGGCCAAAGUUACACUCAACAUCUGUUCUAGGUGUGCCAGGCUGCAGGGAGACACUCUAUCAAACAGCCGAUCUGAGGAGGAGCACAGGCCUCACGCACCUGAACAAGCUGUCCCUGACAUCUCCUCGCCAUUGCCCGGGGUGGACACAGUGGCGGGUCGACUACAAGAAUGUGAAGCCUUAUCUCAAGUGUCAGCAUCACGUCAGGCUGUCUGGGACGCUGAUCUGAAGGCUGUGCGAGGUGGGAGCUCUGUGGGGCAGACGGGCCUGCUGCUUGGCGACCCCCUCUUUUCUAAAGAGCUGGAGAACAUGGGCAAACAGCUCGCUGAGGUUGAAAAGGACCUGGCCAAACUGGCAGAAGUAGGAAAGAUGACCACUAGGAGCUCCAACAAUCCACAUGGCGGUCUGCUCCACAACCCAUUGCGUCACCGUGCUCUACCUGACACGCUUCCUCUGGCCAGCCUCGUCUCCAGGCCUCAGUCUCCCAGCUUCUCAGCCAACCCUUAUGGCAUUAAUCUCCCCUUGCUGAGCCCCAAGCCCACCUCCCUGACCAUGGGUCGGACUAAGUCUCCCAGCAACCCCGGGAGUAGGACUCAAACCCCCAGAACCCCCAGCAAGCCUCUAACCCCUACUAGCUUACUGACACGCUCCACGUUUAACCCUGGAUCUCAUAAAGAGGUGACAUUCAGGAGGUCUCGAAGCCGCCCUGUGACGCCCACAUGUCAGCCUAUACUGCCUCGACCGCUGCUCACCCCUCCAGGUUUAAGUACCACAGACAGCCUUGGUGCCAGUCUUCGGGCGUAUCUGUCUGAGGAUGAGUUUUACCAGCAGUUACAGGCCAUCAGACAGCCUUGGCAUGUUCCCAGUGACACAGACAGUGACAUCCUGGAGCCUCCAGAACAGGAUAAGAGUGGUUCACGGGAUGGCAAGAGAUCAGUGUUUUCAGGCCUAUAGUGAUGGAGACCAGAGACAUCGAUCCAAUCAACUAUUAUGCAAACCACUGGACAUUUUGAAUAUGUGUGAACAAUUAUUUUUAUAACGCAAAAGAAUGGGU